AUCAGGAAAUAAACUAUUCAUUCGUCGCACGGAUACGACUCGCAGCGGUAAUGAUUUUAGGCGUGGCGAGCUGUCAAAAGGUCCAGUCAGAAUGUGCAACUCAGCGAUGAGCAAGCAAUGAAUGAGGGGCCGUGCUGUCUGCCUACUCUAAAAUUAUUCAGAGCAAACACCAGAUUACAUUAUAUCGUCUGUGUGUCGAACGGUUAAAUAGAUUAAAAAUGCUUCGGCCAGCACAUAAACAAUACACAACUAGAUGUAAUUAGGUCAUUCAUUGUUGCUUGAAGAUUUUUUUUUGUGAUACCACUGCACACCGUGUUACAAAUUUUGGGGCAUUUAACACUAACAAAUAAUGAAGAAUGGGAUUAUUCUGAAUGCAGCGUUAAACUUGUUUUGGUCCUUGACGCAGUGCUCUGCUCAGGUCACAUGAUUUCAAUGAAGGACGUUCUUUCACUCUUUAGAAAAAAAGAUGACUCGAACAUGACAUCAACUGAUGGGUUCUUAAAGUGUGGAAAGACACGGGCUGGGAGGACGCCAAAGGAAAUGCUCCAUCUCCUGACUGCUGUUUUUGUAUGGCUUGUAACUGGCACUACAAUAUCAAGCUUAAACAAAUGGAUAUUCGCAGUGUACAAUUUCAGGUAUCCUCUCUUAUUAUCAUCCCUGCAUAUGUUCACAGCUAUUAUCAUUGAUUAUGGACUGAUCAAGCUGAGAUUCGUGAAGCAGAGGGGCAGCGACUGUGAUCUCAGUGCCAACGCCAAGUUCAAGAUUUUUAUGUUAAGUUUAACUUUCUGUGCCAGUAUCGCCUUUGGGAACAUUGGGCUGAAUUAUGUUCAGCUGUCCUUUGCACAGAUGAUCUACACCACCACCCCACUGUUUACCCUUGCCAUCUCUACACUUGUUCUUGGAAAGCAGCAUCAUAUACUGAAGUACACGGCUAUGAUGCCAAUUUGCCUGGGAGCCUCUUUCAGCAUCAUGGGAGAAGUGCAGUUCCAUCCGAAGGGAUGUUUCUUUGUCUGUGCUGCUACAAUGCUACGAGGUGUCAAAUCCAUUCAACAAAGUAUUCUCCUCCAAGAGGAAAAGAUCAAUUCAGUCUUCCUGCUCUACUUGAUGGCCAUUCCGAGUUUUUGCAUCCUCUUCAUCGCCGCGCUUGCACUGGAGAACUGGGCAGUGCUGGAGGCUCCUAUUAAAUAUGACAGCAGACUGUGGGUGUUUAUCCUGCUGAGCUGCCUGGGAUCAGUCCUGUACAACCUCGCCAGCUUCUGUGUCCUCACCCUCACCUCGGCCGUUACUCUGCACAUCCUGGGCAAUUUAAACGUGGUGGGAAACCUGCUUCUCUCGCAGUUCCUGUUCGGCAGCGAACUCUCUGCGCUGAGCUGCGCUGGAGUUGUAUUGACGCUUUCAGGAAUCGUCCUGUAUCAGAACACGGACUACAUCGCCGAAUAUUUAGAUUCGAGAAAGACGCCGUCCGAGCCAGAGAAGGACUCUAAGACUGAGUGAGGGGACACCCUGAGCGAUCGGGGUGGGGAAGUGUAGAGUGUUUACAGUGUUUCGAGGGGUGGUGUGUUUGUAUCACAGACUGCGGUUUUUACAUAACCGUUAUAAAGAAGGCCUAUUCAAACUAACCUGCCGUAAUACUAGUGCCUAAGGUUUCCUUUUUUUCCCCAGCUGAAAUUGAAAUGAAUUAACGUAAAACUAAAGGAUAUAAAACUAGAAGCAUCUUUUUUAUUUAAUGAACUCCUAUUUUUUUUUAGAGGAGACCAUUCCAUGUUACAAAAUGUGAACCAAACAACUUGAGAGUGCUUAAGAGGCCUUGGAUUGUAUCACUUACCAGAAGUCAGGUUCUAGUUUAGUGAAAUUAACCAACGUUUUUAAAAGAAUAGGACUGAAUCAAAUAAUGGAGGAAAUACUUUGCAAAUUCGCCACAAAAUUUCUAAUCCUUUCAGAAAAAUAAAAGUAAAUAGUUACAGCUAGAAUACUGUAGUAAGGUCUGUUGCAAUGACACACACAAAAUAAGGCAUUUGCACACGGGGUACAUUUAAGGCAGCUAGUCAUACCAGAUAGUACCCAUUGUAUUGUGUCAUUAUUAGUUUGAUUCAGUUCUGAGCAGCAGCCAGAAAUAAUUUUGUUCACAAUUUCCAACCCUUGAUAAAUAUGCAUUUUAGCUCCAGUGUUUAGGAAAGGCGGUAUCCAGAUCUCUAUUUAAGAUAGAUUUAACUUGAAGGUUUUUAACUGCAAGUUGACAUAUCCAUUGAGGUAAUAAGGUGAAGACUAUAAAGGCAUUAGCACCAGCUUUGCUACCCAGUAUCUCCUUUAUAAAACACAGCGCUUUAGCUAUCUAGUAUUAAAACAAAUAAUAUCACAUAGCAUUGCACCAAUGGAACUGAUGCACAUGUUGAUGUAAUUUACCUGUCCACGAAAAGUGAUUUUGCACAAUAUAAUACAGUACAUUUUUGUUGAAAAGGCUGCCUUUUGAAAUAUACUCACAUAUAACUUGUAUUGUAUAUAACGAUACUGUUGUUGUCAUUAGAUGUAAAUAACUAUUUUAUUUAUAUUUAUUUAUUUUAAAAUAUGAAGGACUGUAUAAAUACUGGUUGAAGAAAGAUUUGUUGUCUCUGUGUUUCUGUCUAUUUUAAUUAUUAUUAUUAUUAUUAUUAUU